AUGGAUCAUGAUUCCGAUAGCAAAGUGCAGAAGCAGCUAGAUGCAGCGAUGCCAUGGGUGGGCUUAUACAUCGCCGCGGCUUCUGCACUGUGCAUCCUUGCAAUGUCGGCUGACGCUUUCAACAGCUUCCGGCGCAAGAAGCUAUGGUUUCCCUGCAAAUACACCUCUCUCAACGGCGCUUCUUUGACUCUACUAGCCGUGGCAAUGAAGCUUCCCAUGGAUAUCAACACCGUCAUGAUCAACUCCGAGACAGAUACAUCUGCAAAGUUCACAAGCUUGCUCUUCAUGUUCACAGCUCUCAACAUUGUGAUGCCUUCCUUGGGAUCCAUGAACGACAAAGAUCUGUUCACAAGUUGCGUCGGCCUAGCCCUUCUCGUGGUCACCAUCACGGCUAAUGUUUCCAUUCAUACCAUUGAGGUGCAACGUUUCCUAUCACAAGCAAUGAUCCCUUCUGUUGUAAUGUUAGUUUCUCUUGCGAUGCUAGUUUGCCUGGCGCUUAGCGUGUCAGCGAUGAAGAGGAGUCUGAAACUGAAGUACGAAGAGAAGCACAGAGAAGCUUUGGAGAAGGAAGAAGAGGGUUUUGAGCUGGGUGAUCAGAGAAGAGAGAUGAUGAAAUAUUGGGUGAUGGCAGAGAGCAGCUGCCCUCAGUUUGUGAUAGCGCGUUCUAGUGUUUGUGCAGCUUCAUCUCUGAUGACCUUCUUUUUCGUGAUCCUGUAUACUUUUGUACAUGUAAUUCAUGGGAUAGUCAAGUAUGUGCCAGGGAAGACGCCCUAUGGAGUUUACACCAAAAGGAUUAUAGAGAUUCAGUUCUAUGGGACUGGGAUAGCCGUGAUUCUGGCUAUGUUGAGAUGGUUCGUCACCAUCAGCUUUCGUUGCUCAUCAACCAACACAUGGAUGAUUGAAGGCUACUGGAUUCAGACGCUCAGCAACUGCAGAAACAGCUCCGCAGGCAUCAAAAUUGGGCCAAACAGAUGGGGCAAAUGUCUUCUUGAUGCAAAAUGGUGUGUGCUAACUUUCUGCAUUGGAGUUCAGUGUUUUAUUGUUCUUUCAAGCAAAACCCUCAUCUUCUUUUCUCGCUUCAUGGUGGCUCCAAUUGUAUUGUGUUUCUCUCACAUCAACAUGUUUGCGAGAAGGCAUCAUGAUACAUCACCGGGUGGUGACGACAUGGAUCUGAACUACUUGAGCAGUUAUGUUCUGUUACUAGAUGGCGAGGUGGAGCUUCCAACAAGCUUGGUGUGA